UGUGUUUUCUUUGGGCGGUUGCGGAAGAUGCCUAAACUGAGGGCGGGGCGGAGAGGUGUUUCUCCCAGAAGGCCACGCGGCGGGGCCUUGCCUUCCUUUUUCCGCCAUCUUGGACCCUGUGGAGGCCUGCUGGGAACAGGACUUCUAUAAGGACCAAUAUGUCUGGAAGGCUGUGGUCCAAGGCCAUUUUUGCUGGCUAUAAGCGGGGUCUCCGGAACCAGAGGGAGCACACGGCGCUUCUUAAAAUUGAAGGCGUUUAUGCUCGAGAUGAAACAGAAUUCUAUCUAGGCAAGAGAUGUGCUUAUGUGUACAAAGCAAAGAACAACACGGUGACUCCUGGUGGCAAACCAAACAAAACCAGAGUAAUCUGGGGAAAGGUAACUCGUGCUCAUGGAAACAGUGGAAUGGUUCGUGCUAAAUUCCGAAGCAACCUUCCUGCUAAGGCUAUUGGACACAGAAUCCGUGUAGUAAGUACAAUUAUAAGCAAAAUACUUGUUAAGUCAAACUAAGCUCAAGGUGUUGGA